AAACAGCCAUGGGUGAAAUGACCGAACAAACACAGCCCAUCCAUGGGUCCUGUCUUUGCGGAACAAUCAAAUACCAUAUCGCCGGAGACCCAGCUUUGAAAAUACUCUGCUACUGCCAGAACUGUCGGAAAUCGACAGGGUCGUUGGGGAUGGCCAACAGCAUAUAUCGCCGGGAGAAUGUAACUAUAACCCAAGGCCACGACACACUUCGCACAUACAAGGAUAACGCAACAAACAACGGGUCGACUGUUGAGCGAUCAUUCUGUGGGAAUUGCGGGUCAAAUCUCUUCUGCGAGAACAAGCAAAAGGGUCCGGAACUCGUGAUCGUGACAUCGGGUACGAUGGAUUUGGCAGCUGAGCAGACUUGGGAGCCGGUGAUGGAGUUUUACUGCAAGGAUAAAAAGACUUGGUUGGAGACGAAUGUGGAGACGAAGAAGUUUGAGGAAGUCCCGACAGCGUUUGAUAAUCUGUGAUUGUAAUUGGGAUGGAUACUCGGAGUAUAAGAUUGCUGGUGUCGGUGUCUAUCAGAUCGUGUAUACAGUCGACUGGCCUUGUUUGUGGAGUUGAGUAUGCUUAUACCGGUAUAUAUGAUGAUAUUAGGGCAACCAUGUGAGUCUUUUUCUAAGUAAACUACUGCGACUAGGAGGUUAGGUUGUGUCCUCUCUGGUGUUAAUAGUACUUUUCUAUUGCUCAUGGAACGCAUUAAAUUUGUCGGCCAUAACCAUAGGAUUAUAUCAACGUCGUGGUUCGUGUUAUAAAGAGGACAAUAUCUUGUUAGUCACCAUCAGAUCAGUUGAACUUACUGUACAGUGGUCUCCUGCACGAAUCUUCAGUGGGCAACCGCAUAUCUGAAAGGCUAGCAAAAAAUAAAGCUGAAUCCAAUGAAUGAUUUGCAUGCGUUUAUACGUACAUGAUAACAGAACAUUGGGAGAAGGUCCGCAAAAUAAAUCGAACACACGAACAAGAGGUAUCUGACAGUCUAAGCUUGACGGGUGUUGCUUCACAAAUUACCAACCGAAGUAUUCUGAUCGUCAACGCUCCUGGUGACAGCCGACAUUUCGCUUAAGCCGUGGCUUACACAAUAAACUAUGCCACUCGACCAUCCAGAUCGUUGGCAUGAAAUUCACAGCUUGCUGACUCUUUGCUGGUCUCCAAACAUGUAGCCGGAGGCUUUGGCGGCUAGCCACGAUAUCUCAUCCUUGGGAGCCAUCCG